UGAAUUGACAGCUCUAAUUCAAUAUAAACUUCGACCAGCACCUAUAAACAAAAUUCCACCUGAAAAUAAAUCAAAAAUAAAAUGUUAUUAUUUCUUAAAUAAAACUUCUAGAUCGUUUGCUGCUGUGAUUCAAGAAUUGGAUGACGAAUUAAGAGAUGCUAUUUGUUUAUUUUAUCUUGCUUUACGUGGUCUUGACACAAUUGAAGAUGAUAUGACAAUACCUAUUACAAAGAAAGAGCCUUUACUAAGAAACUUUCAUGAAAUUCUUUUCCAAAGAGGAUGGAAUUUUACUGAAAGUGGGCCUAAUGAGAAAGAUCGUGAAUUAUUGGUAGAAUAUGAUGUUUUUAUUGAAGAAUUUUUGAAAUUGGAUAAAAA